AUGCCGGAAAACCGCGAUUUCUCCGUACGGUCUCUGCCGAAGCAAAUAAGAAACGACAACCGGGACGCCUUUCGAGUAUACCUUUCAUCAACCUCUUUGGCGACCCUCAAACUCAAGGCCGGGGACAUCUGUCGAAUACUGACUCCCGCCGGAUCAUCGAAGCAAGCCAUAGCAUGGAAUUCACCGGAGAGCAUUGGGAAGUCAGUCAUACAGGCAUCGAGAACCCUUCAGGAUUGCUACGGGAUCAAGCUCAGCGACCAGGUCUCUAUUGUAAGGGUGGACGAGAUCUUGGUAGACAUCGCGUCAAUUUCCCUGGUCGACUGCUCGGACCCCGACAAAAUUGAACGAUACGGACCGAUUGCAAUCACAGACAGGGAGCAUUGGGCAUGGGCUUUGGAAUUUCCUCUAUCAAAAUGUGAAGCCUUAGGUGUCGGCCUGACUUUUGACUUGGAACUGAGAGGUCAAAGGAGGAGCUUUAAAAUUACAGGUAUUCGGGGGGCGGCGCAAAACCACGAUAAUACCUUGUUCCGGCUCUCUGGAACUUCCAAGGUCUUGAUCGACGAUUCUCACGACAGCACCGAGGAGGAUCUAAGCUCUCACCUUCAAGUCCUCCCACUGGGUCUUGGAGGAAUGGGCCGCCAGAUCCAGUUGCUUAAUGAAAACCUCGCUGACUUUCACCCGGGACUAGGCGCGCUCGCCAUGCCACCGUUUUAUGAGCAUGGCAGAGGUAUACUCUUGUAUGGUCCCAAGGGAACCGGAAAAACCGUACUUCUGGGCCAGAUCAGACAGGCGGGAUGGCGAAGAACGUUUGACCUCGACUCCUCGUCAAUCGGCAGGAACGCCGGGGAUGGAGAGGCCAGAUUGCGCAAUAUAUUUCAAGAAGCUAUUCGUUAUCAGCCUAGUGCGGUGAUUGUGGACCAACUGGACUUCCUUGCACCCAAGAAGCAAUCGCUGGACUCGCAUUCUUUAGCACCAGUAUUAUGCGAAUGUAUGGAUUCAGCAAAAGGGGCCCGUGUUCUAGUAAUCGGUGCUACUCGCCAUCCGAACGACGUUGACGAUGCUCUGCGGACUCCUCACCGAUUGGCUAAUGAAAUUGAGCUGCAGAUACCUACGGCGCGCGAUCGAUCUGAGAUAAUUACCGCCAUAUGCGGAGGCCCCUCCCCUGUCCUGAGCGAAGAGCUUAUUGAGCUUAUAGCAGAAAAAACGCACGGCUAUGUUGGCGCUGAUAUAUUUGCUUUGCUACAGCUUGUAUGCCGCAAAGCCCGACAAAGACAAACCAGCAAUGAUGAAGACAAUAGUUCAGACUCUGCGGAGACUAUCUCGAAAGCAAUUCAGGGGUUGCGCAUUGAUAAUGGUCCAGCUGUCGGGCUCAAGAUCGAGGAAGGUGACAUUGUGUCAGCUCUCCAGGAAACUCGGCCAACUGCUAUGAGAGAAGUGUUUUUGGAGACGCCGAAAGUAAGGUGGUCGGAUAUUGGGGGUCAACAUGACAUCAAAAGACGACUUCAAAAGGCUGUCGAGCGGCCAUUAAAGUUCCCCGAACGUAUGAAACGGCUGAAUGUAAAAAGCAAAAAGGGCAUACUUCUUUACGGGCCUCCUGGCUGCUCUAAAACUCUGACCGUCAAAGCUCUGGCGACCGAAGCAGGCUUAAAUUUCAUGGCCGUUAAGGGUGCUGAAAUCUUGAGCAUGUAUGUCGGUGAGUCUGAACGGGCCUUGCGCGAAAUUUUCAGAAAAGCUCGCUCCGCCAGACCUAGCAUCAUCUUCUUCGAUGAAAUUGAUGCCAUUGCCUCCAAGCGUGGAAGUGCAUCUCAGGGGGGCGUCAAUGUGCUCACAACUCUCCUCAAUGAGAUGGACGGUAUCGAGGAGCUUAAGAGCGUCUUGGUCGUUGCUGCGACGAACAAGCCUGAAGUACUCGACCCGGCAUUGAUGCGUCCAGGGCGCUUGGAUAACAUCCUUUACAUCGGGCCCCCUGACUUUGAGGCGCGGAAGGAGAUCCUUAACAUUUGGUUCUGCAAAUCCAUGGUUAACCCCGAAGUAGCAGUGGAGGAGCUGGCCCUAAAAACUGAGGGUUAUACUGGUGCAGAGAUGGUGAGCAUUUGUGAAACUGCCGGAGAUGCUGCGUUGGACGAGGAAGAUGAGAGUGGCCAGGAACAAGAUGUUCGCUGGAAACAUUUCGAGUACGCUCUCCAGCAAGUCCGAAGGCAAGUCACCGAGGACGUCAUUCAGGGAUAUGAGCGGUGGCUAGAUGCUGUGGAUGUUAAGUAA